UGUGAAAGCAAGAAGUGCGCGAAGAAUGCGACGUCGCCCACCGCACCAACGACCACGGACGAGCCUUGAAGUCGGCCCUUGAAGAAGGAUGAAGCCCGAUCUGCUUUCGAUGAGCAUGUGCGUGUUGAUGCGCCUCCACUAGUGAACUUGCGUUACCAUCAGUGAAUCUGGACGUUCGACACAGAGUAUGAUGAUAUCCACAACGGACUGAGCAGAGUUGGGCCUGUAGUGAGAUUCAACCACACGAUGCAAAGCAAUCGCGUCCACGAGGGAUGACGCAGUUACGUAUAUGACUCAAUAUGAAGGCGUCACGUUGCCUACGAACCCACGAACGUCGAUCGACGCAUGGUGGUGGCAAGAGUGAAUCCCCAAGGCAGAGUGCGGGCUAGUGCACGUCGUUGGCAAACAAUCUGAUGUGGAACAGCGUGAAGAACCCAAGGACGCCGCACUUGUUCCUUGAUAACCGCGCCAAUGCCCAUAUUGGGAUUGGAUUCGCCGUCUUGGGUGCCUCUGAUUGCGCCGUGGUCCGCCUUGGACGGCAUGUCGUGAAGACGAAGGAUCGCCAUGAACCGUGCGUAUGCACGGAUGCUAGUGUUGCAUUGCCCUCCUUCACCACAUGUCCACAUCGGCAGCCGACGAGUCGGCAAAAGCUGGCACGUGGUUGAAAUCCAUCGGAUCGCGGUCGCCGUGGUGCCCGUUCGCGCUUGUUUCUUCACAGCAUUCUCGCACUUCGUAACUCAGCACUUGGCGCAAGUCGGAUCAGUGGGAUUCAUUCAUGUCAGCGGUUGAGCUCCACCCUGGAAUCGCGUGAUCGAUCGAGAAGCCCGUCGUUUGUCAGAGUUGUGUGCCGACGUGCUCAUUCUGCAACACCCGACUGCGUACAUGCACUGGGAUGGUCGUGUCGGCUACGCUGCAAAAGACACUAGGUCCGACUGACACCCUCCACGUUCCAAAGUCGUAAAGCAAGUCUUCCGACUGCAUCAGCGCGGCGUUGGCAAUCCUCAUGGUGUAAUUCGCCAAGUCCAAGUGGCGCUUUUGAUCUCGCCGUGCCCAAUUUGUGGACACUGAGCCCGUUCAACUGGAUCAAGAUGCGUCGCCUCUACCCGGGUGGAGAGCUCGGCCAAGACACCACCAUCGCGUCCAACCGCACGUUGCUGUCGUUCUGGACGCAAACCAGGUGCCAUGCAGCAGCGGUGUCGCUCACGUCGACCGUCGACGCCUUGGCGAGCAAUAUGACGAACCCGGCAGCAACUGCCAGAGCGAAACACGAUCGUCGGAGCGUUGCGUGGUGGGGGGAUCUCGUUCAAAUCGUUUUGAAGCCGGAUGAUUUGACCGCCUUUCACGCCAUGGCAUUGGACGCGCGAUGAUCUUCAAGUGUCUUUCUUGCCGCAUAUCGGAUGGCGACAGGUUGCUGCGCCAUCUCUUCGCAUCGACGUCGCUUUGGACUUGUGUUUUUUUGCCCUCGAAUGUGUGCAAGAAGAUCCGACCCGCCGAUACACGAUCGCAUCAAAUUGUGCGAUUCCAUUGCUGAGCAAUGGAGCCUCCAAUUAGCAAGGAACUGUCGUUGGGUGGCCUUUGGCAAGGAACGCCGGUAGCAACGGAUGAUGUCUGUCCGCGAGUACGUUUCCACGGGAUCGACAGUUCAUCCGCUAACGUCCAUCGCCCACAUGCACCAACGUCACGCUCGAGUGUCAAGGAGAUCCACGUCGUUGCACGGCUCUAAAAUCGCCACCGACAAAUGGACACUGCUGCGUCACUCGCUUCCACAAUGCCAAACAUCACCCUUGACUGCAGAACGCGCAAGAAGUCCAACGAAGCUCGUGCAGGUGCUCCUCCCACGAAGGAGAACAGUCUAACCGCCGCUGCAAUAACUCCCUCCCCAUCGACGACUUUACGAUGUCAACGCAAUGGCGUCACGCUCGUCGAGUGGGUCAGAUCAUUCGGUCGACGUUCUUGCCGAUCCGUUAUACCCCAUGCAUGGAAGACCCCGCUAGUCGAUGGGAGAGUGGGUUGUCGACGAUUCUUGGCGCUCAUCCCGUCCAGUUCGUGCAGGCCAUCAAGACGCAAAGCGAGGCCCCAAUCGACACACCGCUUGACAUUUUCCUCGAGGUCGCCAGCGCAACGUGAUGCCGCGUCCCGGAGUUCUUCUUUCGUGUGUCAUUAUAAUUACAAAGGUGCAGCAUGGAUCAAAACUUCGUCCUCCCAGCGAGAUGGCCAUCUACGUGGCCUUUUUGUUGCCGCGACGUUUCAGGGCCAUCUUGGGCUUGCCCACGCCGCCCUUACCCGCACUGUACUUUCCCCCUUUCCCCACGAGGUGGUUGCCAAGCAAUCGCUUCACCGGGUGCUCCUUGUUGCCUUUGUUCUUUUUCCCGAGGGACAGACCCUUGACGCCGUUCAUGGUAACGUUGAAGAGGACGUUGCGCUUGUCCUGGUUUUGUGUUGACUUGGUCUUGUUGUUCGAAGGAGAGAUCGUCUUUUGUAGCGUGCCUCCGUUGCCACGAUGGACCUUAAUUUGAACAUUCCUCUUCUUUUGCUGCGUUUGCUGAGACGGUUGGUUUAAUUGUUUCUUGGGCUGGUUGUUGGGCUGCUGCUUCUUGGGCUGGUUGUUGGGCUGCUUCUUCUUGAGCUGGUUGAUGGUUUGCUGCUUCUUGGGCUGGUUGGGCUGGUGUUUGUUGGGCUGGUUGACGCUUUGCUGUUUCAUGGGCUGGUUGUUGUUUUGAACCUUCUUAGGGGUGUCGGUGGUUUUAUCGUCACCAGCAGAGGCGGCCUUGCUCCUCUUCUUGCGCAGUCGCUUGCGCUGGUUGGGAGUCAAGGUAGUGGCCGACACUUCUUGGGUGGCUGGUUUCGCGACCACCUUUUUCGUUUGCUUCUUCUUCUUCGCAAGUGGCGUCGCGUUAGUGUUGGCUCCUUUCGCCUUCUUGGCCUUGCUGGGCGAUUGUUUUCCAGACUUUGCGACGUCGCCCUUCUUGGCAGCCUUGCUUUCGUACUUGUUGGCUUCGCGGCGUUGCUUGAUCAAGUCAUCGAGGGACAAAACGAGCUGCGCUUCCACCGGUUUGAAUGCGUUCACGUUGACGGCCGCCAUGCUUUCUCGAGCGACAAUGUGCGGCGGACACGAG